AUGGUCCACAUUCAAGACCUCCCAGUGGAGAUCUUGUACAUGAUCUUUUCUUUCGUUCUCGGUCGUCCGGCAAAUCCCCUGAUUGAUAAAGGAGCCUUCGCAAACAUUGGACCAAUGAAUGAGAGUACUCACGAGGAGGAGGCCGAGGAGGAGGCCGAGAAGAGCAUUCUUAAGAUGAUGGAACGCGAUAAUCUACGCCAAAUGUGCCUGGUUUCAGGGACGUUCCGCGACAUCGCGCAGCCUCUGCUCUUCCACUCCUUCCAGUGUGAAAGUUCACCCAACGGUGAUUUAAGGAAGACAAUGUCUUUUGCUAAUGCCAUGUAUCGCCGUCCAAAGCUCGGGGAGUAUGUGAAGGAAUUCAAAUUCAAGCACCUCUUCUUCAAACCAGUACCCGAAAGGCUCCCCGCAGAUGAUGCAAAGUUGUGCAAGCUCGCAAUCCAGGCCCUUGAAUUGGGCGACCAGGAGAAACGCUGGAUCUCGGUUAUGCGAACCUACGACUUCAGUGUCAUUAUCGCAUUGGUAGUUGUCAAGUUACCCAACCUUCGUGAAUUAACCUUGAAAGGGUUCCUAAACCUCGCGACACGGUUCAAGCCUCUCUUCGACCGAGAUCCGUCAUUCUUGUCUCAACUCAGGUCCCUUCAUAUUAAAGGUACCCUUUUGAGUUCCGAUCUUGCGUUAUAUGAAGAUUUUUUCACUCGCCCCAGACUUCAGCAGUUGAGCCUGGCGGCUGAAACUAUGGUUAUCCGUGAUUCCUGCAUUGAUAGCGGAGGAAUUCGCAAACUCAUGCAGGCAUGUAAGAAAUUGACAAUAUUCUCCUAUCAAAACUUCAUCCAUCGUUCAGGGGUGAUGCCACCUGAGACUUCUGCCACUCACUUCACUCCUAAGGAGGCCCUUGAAGCGGCACACCCGCACAAGGAAACCCUUGAAUAUUUCCAUGUUGAGCUUGCAAGAUCUGCAACAGUCCUCAACGAUAUACAGAAAUACCUCUCUAGCUGUGCCAAGUUCGGCUCAUUCCGCGAGUUCACUGCACUAAAAGCCAUCAUAGUACCUCAUGCAUACCUUCCAGUACACCCCGAGUUGCCCCGUUCACUUGAGCAGAUCAAUAUCACCGACUGCAACUCAUCCAUCCAAAACAUGGCCCAGAACAUUGCGAAAGAUGCUAGAAAGGGUCUUUAUCCAGAGCUUCUCCACGUCAGGGUUCUGACAUUGGAUGUUAGAGCGCCUAUCAAUCCCCCUCAAGGACAAAUUCCCUUACUCAAAACCCCUACGGAUUCUUUUAUCAGCCUUCAAGAAUUGUUCAAGGGGACUAAAUUGAACUUUGAGAUCUAUCCAUAUGUCAUAUCUGCUGAAGACUACGAUGACGAAGACUCUGAUGAUGAAGACUAUGAUGGUGAAGACUAUGGAGAUUAUGACCUUGAAUCUAGUGAUGAUGAUGAUGAUGAUGAUGAUGAUGAUGAUGAUGAUGAUGAUGAUGAUGAUGAUGAACUGUCUCCUGGGGGCAUAAAGGCAACAUCAGGAGUUUCAGGACUGAUGGACCAGUUGCUGCCAGAGCCUUGCCAAAUUCUUAUGUAG